AUUUUUCAUUUCUUGUAUCCACAACAAUUUCUGCUAAUAUUUUUCAUUUCUUUAUACUUUAUUUUCCUGUAGAGUCUGAAAGUUAUGUUCAGCGAAAUACUGAUAUUGUUUCGACUGAAAUUACUCUGCAAUUAAAGCAAUCUGGGACCAGUGAUCCACAAAAAAUAUUUAUUCACAAAAUCCAGUUAUCCAUUAUCUUCCUGUCAUAGUUUUUAUAGUUUUAUGUAAUUUCUUGUUGCAGUUAGAAUAUUUUUAUUUUGUUGAAUUUUGUCCGAGUUAGCACUGCAUAAAGUGUUUUAUUGGAUAACAGCAUGAGUAAUCAGAUUGAUUUGAAAGAUAGGAGAAAGAUUUUGAAUAAUAAUUUAAAGUUCACUUAGGUAAAGAACAAAAUGGCGGAAUCCGAGGAUGUAGGUAAAGCAAAACCAAAAAAAAUAAAAGUUGGUCGUCCAAGAAAGUACGCUGGUGGUUGGACUUCAGUUUCCAGCUUGCUUAUUAAACAAAUUAAGCUGCACACAACAGUUUACAUGAGAUGGUGCAGGUUAAAAGGUGAUCGCCAGCAUUCAGAAUUUGCAUCACUGUUAUUAGAUGUAUAUGAGCUACAUAUUUGUGGUACGUCACCUUCUCCUCCUCCUCAUCAAGAUGUUGUUGUGGAGAACGAAACAUUAGAAACACCUGUGCAAGUUCCAAGGAUAAGAAAUCGUCCAAGACGUAAAAGCUCUUCACACCCGAUUCAUAUUGAAUGUUACGAAGACAUGAAGGACCAACCUAGCGCAGCAAGUCAACAUCGAGACGAAAUUACCAAGUUAUCAAAUCAUCAAGUAGAGGAUAACAAGUCGACUAUAGAAACGAUUGAACCUGACAUAUCCCUUCAGUAUGUUGAAGGCGAUGAUGAAGUAAUAACACUUCAAAACAAUCAAACAGAACAAAAACAACACACGUCAUGUAAGCAGAACACCAAAACUAACCAAACUCAUUCAAUGCUGGAUCGUGCAUUAGAAAAGAAAAAUGCUGCUAAUGAGAAAGAGUUAGAUUCACAACAACCGCCUAUCAAAAAAACAAAAAAAUGCCAAGUAAAACUUAAUCUUUCAGAUGAUCAAUCUGAUGCCAGCCCAACAAUAUCAACUACGAGUAACACGACUUUAACUUCUGUAUCACAUUCGACUUCCGGUUCAAGUUUAGAAAUAGCACUCCCUUCUUUUCUGAUACCUAAUGAAAUAUUGACUUUGAAAAACUUGACUCAGGUUAAUGAUGCAGCAGCGACAUCCGAUAACAUCGAUUCUGUUGCAAGGCAAAUCAAGAUAAUUCCAUCCGAAACUAUUGUCAAUACCACAGACGUGACGGAUGAAAGGUCCUCAACCACGGAACUAGCUGUUGCCAAGAUUAUUAGCAGUUUAUCAGAUUCUUUUGUUAGAGCAAAUAGUAGUAAGCCUGAUAGUCAGGAAAACACAGACCAGUGCCCCAAGCGUUUGAAACUUCAAAAGCCUUUUUUAAAAAAUGUGAGAGUAACCAAAGUCAGACACAUGGCUACUCAAUUUAAUACUUAUCUUGUUAAGGCUAAACGACAGGUGUCAACACAGACUCCAGUUGUGCCAUCAUGGUCUGUGAGUACGUGGAUUGAUAAUGAUUCUUUUAGUAGAUCUGUAGAAACACAAUACUGGCCCUCGCCCCUGUGGACGAAGUUUACGAAUAACCAUCCGGAAGUUAUAUACAACAUCGAUUUGGAGAAUUCUUCCGAGUUUCCAUCAAACUUUAAGCUUUAUCGAAAAGGUGAAUACUUGUUUUCAACGUUAUUUGGAUCGAAAUAUCGGAUUCAAAAGCGACCGAGCAUGCGUUGUAUUAGCGUUUCGGAAUUUGGGGGACCUGAAGUUAUGCGUUUGCUGAGUGGUAUGCCCACACCGAUACCUAAAGCUAAGCAGGUGUUGGUCAACGUGAAAGCGGCGGGAGUGAAUCCCGUAGACACUUACAUUAGAAGUGGUUUUUACGCAGCCAAACCGAAGCUACCAUAUACGCCUGGUAAAGACGGUGCGGGAUUUAUUCAGCAAGUUGGAGAGAAUGUCACAAAAGUUAAAAAAGGCGAUCGUGUCUGGUUUUUUGGCUCCAUGACAGGAUCGUAUGCUGAGUAUUGUAUAUGUCACGAGGACAACGUUGGACAACUUCCGAACAAUGUUAGCUUUGAAGACGGCGCCAUGAUUGGCACACCAUAUCUUACAGCCUACAGAGCUUUAUUUCAGAGAGGAAAAUUAAAGCGCGGUGAAACAGUUUUUAUACAUGGUGCUUCAGGAGGAGUUGGUACUGCAGCUGUACAAAUUUGUAAUUCGUAUGGUAUUCGCGUUCUUGCGACAGCUGGUUCUGUUGAAGGAGAACAAAUGUUACGCUCCAUGGGAGUGGCGAAAGUGUACAAUCACCGCAAAGAGGAUUAUUUAAAGAAAGUUAAGGAGGACGGAGAACAAAUUAACGUCAUCAUUGAGAUGCUUGCCAAUGUGAAUUUGCUGGAAGAUUUGAAAAUUGUUUCCAUUCAUGGUCGCAUCGUGAUUGUUGGAAGUCGUGGUCCUAUCGAGAUUGACCCCCGUCUUAUUAUGAGUAGUGAGGUAUCAGUGAUGGGGGUAAUGUUGGUAAAAAGUACAUUAGCAGAGAAAGAAGAACAAAUAAACUUUAUAAAUGAAGGCUUUAUUGCUGGCUGGUUGAAGCCGGUGUUGUGGAAAAUAUUGGAAGUUGAAUUUGCAAAAGAUUCACAUCAUGAAAUAAUCAAGAACAACGGAGCGAAGGGACAGAUUGUAUUACGUGUGGAUGCUAGUGUGAACAAACCAGAGUACUUGCCAACAGAAUUAUAAAUAAAUGAUGCUUUCGAAGUGAUAUUUAUGUACCUUAGAAAAACUUGAAAUUUUUAUUGUAACCAGAUAAUUUCAUCCCUAUUUUUUAUCAAGAAAUUUAAGAGUUAGAUAAA